CGCGAGCGGGUCGCCCCGGGGGGAGGUGGGAAAGAGCCGUGCCAAGGUAGGCGCUGCUUCUGCAUUGCCCUGGGACCGAGCCGGGUGUCCCACGUCCCGUGUGGGUGCAGGACCUCGUCUCUGUUGUGAGCGCACGGUCGGGAGGUCCCUUGGGUGCAAGGACUCGGCUGUGGCUCAGAUCUGCCCUGCUCUCCUUGAAUGUACAUUCAUCUCCUUUAGCGUCUCAGACAACGAACGAACAGCCACUCACUAUCAGUGACUCUUGUACAGCCAUCCUGGAAGGGCCGGAGAGGGAGAUGACAACGCUAACGCACCGAGGAUGGCAUGCUGAGGCAGGAAGGAACUCGGACAAGAAGCCUGACAGUGAGGAAGAUGCGGCUGCGGACAGAGACCUGAAUGACCAUGAUCCUGGCGACUUCAAAGAUAUCCGCCUCACGCUCAUGGAGGAGGUGUUGCUCCUGGGGCUGAAGGACAAGGAGGGCUACACUUCCUUCUGGAAUGACUGCAUCUCUUCAGGCCUGCGAGGUGGUAUCCUCAUUGAGCUGGCUCUGCGCGGCCGGAUCCGCCUGGAGCCGCUCUCCAUCAGGAAGAAGAGACUGCUGGAGAGGAAGGUGAAGGUGCUCUUGAAGUCAGACGCGCCAACUGGUGAUGUCUUGCUGGAUGAGACCCUCCGACACAUCAAGGCCAUGGAGUCUGCAGAAACGGUGCAGACCUGGAUAGAGCUGCUCACUGGGGAGACCUGGAACCCCUUCAAGCUGCAGUACCAGCUGAGGAACGUGCGUGAGCGCAUCGCCAAGGUGCUGGUGGAGAAGGGCAUCCUCACCACGGAGAAGCAGAACUUCCUGCUCUUCGACAUGACCACCCACCCUGUCAGCAACACCACUGAGAAGCAGCGCUUGGUGAAGAAGCUCCAGGAGAGCAUGCUGGAGCGGUGGGUGAACGACCCCCACCGCAUGGAACGCAGGACUCUGGCUCUCCUCGUGUUGGCCCACUCCUCAGAUGUACUGGAGAACGUUUUCGCCAGCCUGGCAGAUGACAAGUAUGAUGUGGCAAUGAACAGGACCAAGGACCUCCUCGAUAUGGACCCUGAGGUGGAAGCUGCCAAAGCCAGGGGCGCAGAGAUGAUCUGGGCUGUCCUGGCAGCCUUCAAUAAGUCCUAAAAAGCCCCUGAACCCUCCAAACCAGCUGGGUGGCCUCACCCCCUCGACGUGAGGCCAGGGUUAUAUGGGCAUGGAGUUCCUGCAGCAGCGGGUGGGCUCAGGUUGGGAGGACCAGGAGGUUUUGCUCUCCCCCCUGGGCAGGGGUGGGAGAGUGAGAGCCCACCUAUGUGGCCAGGUCUCACACUCCUCCAAAAACUGGUGCUUCCGGGGAGAGGUGGCCGUGCUUCUUCGCUCCCCUUCCAGUGCUCCUUGCCCAUGGGCUUCCUUCUCAGGCCAGUGCAGAGCUGGGAGGUGGCAAAGCUCAGCUCUGCCUCUGCGUGUGGGAAUCAAGCCACUCAGAUGGGCCAAACCCCAGCAGAAAUGGGGCUGUGGAGCAGCCUGUGCUCCCCAUGUAUGGGCUUGUCUGGCUAUCUCUAUGGCUCCCUGUUCCACACACAGGUCUUGCCUCUGAGCUGCCGGGGCAGCGCAGAUUCCCCUAUGGAGCACGCUGACGUCCUCCUGGGGCAUGGUACAUGGUACGGCCAGGGGAGCAGGCAGGGGGCUGGUUCAGAGGGGUCUGGCAGCUGGGACCACCCCAUGCUGGGCUGGCACAGGGCAGCCCAAAGCCCUUGGUGCAUGUCGCCAUUGAGGAGCAGCUCUGCAGAGACCAUGGAGCCCUGCCCUGGGCUGUGCCCCAUCGCACACCUGCUCUUUCUAGUAAGAGGAAAAGUUAAACUGUGAAUUUUUUUUUUUUUUUCAUUCUCCCUCUCCCUUCCUCCACCACUUUAAUCUCCUGUAGUUCAUUUAAAUGUUAUUUCUCUAC